CGCGGGGGCGGGACGGACAGCCCCACACCGACAUGUAACCAUGGACUGCAGGACCAAGGAAAAUCCAGAAAGAACCUUUGACUUGGUAUUGAAAGUGAAAUGUCAUGCCUCUGAAAAUGAAGAUCCGGUGGUAUUGUGGAAAUUCCCAGAGGACUUUGGCGACCAGGAAGUACUACAGAGUGUACCCAAGUUCUGUUUCCCCUUUGACAUUGAAAGAGUAUCUCAAAAUCAAGUUGGACAGCAUUUUACCUUUGUACUGACGGACAUUGAAAGUAAACAGAGAUUUGGAUUCUGCAGACUCACAUCAGGAGGCAAAAUUUGCUUGUGCAUCCUUAGUUACCUGCCAUGGUUUGAAGUAUAUUACAAGCUUCUCAAUACUCUGGCAGAUUACUUGGCUAAGGAACUGGAAAAUGAUUUGAAUGAAACUCUCAAAUCACUCUAUAGCCACCCAGUACCAAAGGCAAACACUCCUGUCAGUUUGAGUGUGAACCAAGAGAUAUUUAUUGCCAGUGAGCAAGUUCUGAAAGAUCAGCCCUUCCUAGUACCGCAUUCCUACUUCAUUGCCCCAGAUGUAACUGGACUCCCAACAAUUCCUGAGAGUAGAAAUCUUACAGAAUAUUUUGUUGCCGUGGAUGUGAAUAACAUGCUGCAGCUGUAUGCCAGCAUGUUACAUGAGAGACGCAUCAUUAUUACCUCUAGCAAAUUAAGCACUUUAACUGCCUGUCUCCAUGGAUCAGCCGCCCUGCUGUACCCCAUGUUCUGGCAACACAUAUAUAUCCCAGUGCUUCCUCCGCACCUGCUGGACUACUGCUGUGCUCCAAUGCCAUACCUGAUUGGAAUACACUCCAGCCUCAUAGAGAGAGUGAAAAAUAAAUCAUUGGAGGAUGUGGUUAUGUUAAAUGUUGACACAAACACUUUAGAAUCACCAUUUAAUGACUUGAACAACCUACCGAGUGAUGUGGUCUCGGCCCUGAAAAAUAAACUGAAGAAGCAGUCUACAGCUACGGGUGAUGGAGUAGCUAGGGCCUUUCUUAGGGCACAGGCUGCUUUGUUUGGAUCCUACAGAGAUGCACUGAGAUACAAACCUGGUGAGCCCAUCACAUUCUGUGAGGAGAGUUUUGUAAAGCACCGCUCAAGUCUGAUGAAACAGUUCUUGGAGACUGCAGUUAACCUCCAACUUUUCAAGCAGUUUAUUGAUGGUCGACUGGCAAAACUAAAUUCAGGAAGGGGUUUUUCUGAUGUAUUUGAAGAGGAAAUCACUUCUGGUGGCUUUUGUGGAGGGAACCCAAGGUCAUAUCAACAAUGGGUGCAUACAGUCAAGAAAGGAGGUGCACUGUUUAACACAGCAAUGACCAAAGCAACUCCAGCUGUACGGACAGCAUAUAAAUUUGCAAAAAAUCAUGCAAAGCAGGGGAUAAAGGAAGUGAAGAGUAAGCUAAAACACAAGGAAAAUGAAGAAGAUUAUGGGACCUGUUCUGGUUCUGUACAGUAUACACCAGUUUACACAUCACACAAUGAAAAGGGAGGAAAUACAGAAAAGCGUAAGCUGGCCCAGGCACGCCUAAAAAGACCCCUGAAGAGCCUUGAUGGUGCUCUGUAUGAUGACGACGAUGACGAGAGAGCGAGCAAGUUGUCCUCUGAAGAUGGAGAAGAAGCGUCUGCUUAUUUUUAUGAAAGCGAUGACUCCGUUGAAACAAGAGUAAAGACUCCUUACUCAGGCGAAAUGGACCUCCUAGGAGAAAUCUUAGACACAUUGAGCACACACAGCUCAGACCAGGGAAAGCUAGCAGCAGCUAAGAGCUUGGAUUUCUUCAGAUCAAUGGAUGAUAUUGAUUAUAAACCUACGAAUACAUCCAAUGCACCUAGUGAGAAUAACCUGGCCCUGCUUUGUAGUGGUUCUGGUGAUCAAACCGAGUGGCAUCUCGGACAAGACGAUAGCGCCCUCCACGGCAAACACCUUCCUCCCUCUCCCCGGAAGCGGGUUUCCUCUAGCGGCUUGACAGAUUCUCUGUUUAUCCUGAAAGAGGAAAACAAUGAAAAAUACCUCAGUGCUGACAAUAUGAGGGGGCCUCCGGUCAUGGAAAAGGCGGCUUCUACUUCAGGAUUGACUCUCCAGCUAGCUUUGCCUGAAGUUUCUGAAAAUGAAAAAGCUAAACCAGAAAAGAAAAAAACACUAAGCCAGAUUUCAGACGAUCUGCUUACACCCAGCCUUGGGCGACAUUCAUGUACUUUUGUUCCUUGGGAGAAAGAAGGGAAAGAAGCCAAAGAGACUUUAGGAGAUACUGGACUGCUUCAUGAAGUGGUGUCCUUAUGUCACAUGACAUCUGCCUUCCAGCAAGACUUAAACAUUUCAGAAGAAAACGCAAGUGGAAACCAAGCCUAAGUCAAUGAUUAGGAGUCACUCACUUGCAUCCUUGCUUCUAUGGAGACAUUUUAUGAUUCCUUGUAAUCUCUGUAGUAAAUAGAAUUAUUUGUAAGGAUGACAAUUCUUAGUACUGUCUAAACAUUAUUUUGCAUUUGGAGCAUACAUUUUCCCCACUCAUUCAUCUCGUGAGUAUACAUUAUCGAUUGAUUUUUAAAUGUAACGCUGAUUCUCCUACUGUGCUCUUAAAUCAGGUACUAGUGUGUAUGUAUCAUGGAAGUAUAUGUCAAACAUAUGAUUUCCCAGUAUUUGGUGCUUAAUGCCAUUCAUUUUAUUUAAACUAAUAUGCAUAUAUAACCCUUGCACAUAACAAGUAGCUACUAUACUAAUCUGGUCGAGCAUGAACUGAUCAGGAUAUCAAAACUAGCCUGAAACUGCUGAAACUGUUGACCUACUAACUGCCUUAAUCCUAAGCCUAUAUUUAGCAUACUUUAAUAAUUUAUGGAAUUAUCUGUAAAUUUUGAAGGAUAAGUUAUAAGUGUUCUGCAGAGCAAUAAUGCCUUUUUCUAUUCGUUGCAUCAAGGACAAAAUUCAUUUUUCAAAGUUGAAAAGCUCUCUUGUGGACACUGCAGCCAUGUUUUCCAAAAUGUAUAAAGGUACAUAUUGACCUUUUACUCAGUGAAAUAUAUGAAGUGCUGAAUUACAAUGUGAAAUUAAUGACUUCUGUUUACAAAUGAGACACUUUAAAAUUUUUUCAGUCUCUCUGUAUGCCUUUGCUGUCUAGGAACCCAGCCCCAGAAAGCCAAAUGCAACAUGAACUGUCCUGAUAAAGAAAUGUUCCUGUCUUUUUUUUUUUUCCCCUUAAGUAGUAAUUCAGAAUGUUUCUUAUCAUCUCAAAUUUACUUUUUUAAAAUAAUUGACUUAAUAUCUUAAAAGUUUUAGAUCUACAGAAAAAUUAGACAAUACAGAGAGUUCCCAUUACGUCCCUCAUACAAUUUCUCCUAUGAUUAAUAUUUCACAUUGGUAUGGUACAUUUGCCACAAUUCGUGCACCAAUAUUGAUAGUCCAUGCUUUAUUCAGAUUUCCUUAGUUUUUCCCUGAUGUCUUUUUUCUAUCCUAGAAUCUAAUUCUAGAAACCACAUUACAUCUGGUUGUCAUGUGUCUUUCAAGUCCUCUUGGCUGUGACAUUUUCUCAGACUUUUCCUUGUUUCUGAUGACCUUGAUGGGUUUAAAGAGGACUGAUCUACUGGUCGAAUAUAUUAUAGAAUGUCCCUCUAUUAGAAUGUGUCUGCUCUUUUUCUCACAAUUAUACUGUGAUUGUGGGUUUGCAGGAGGAAGAUUACAGAAGUAAAGUGUCAUUUUCAUUAUACCAUAACCAUGGUACAUAAUGUCAGCACAAUUUGUGAGUGUUGAUGUUGACUUUGAUAACUGAGCUGAGGUGGUGUUUGUCAGGUUUUUCCACUAUACUCUUUUCCCUCCCUUUGUGUGCCGGAGUCUUUGGAAGGAGAUCACUGUGUAUAGCCCACACCUAAGGAGUAGGGCUUUUUGCUUCCUUUCCCUUAGAGUGGAGUAUCUACAUAAAUUAUUUGGAAUUCUUCUACAUAGGAAAUUUGUCUCUACUCCCUCAAACUCACUGCUGAACAUUGAAAUUCAUGUCAGAAGGCAUCAUGCAUUGACUGCUUCAGGAUAGGAUAGAUUGACGGGGAUAAAGUCAGGAAAAAAAACAGUGGUGUUAUGGUUCAUUUGGUAUUUGUAUAUUCACUAUAUAUUCUGUACAUCCCUAGGUGUCAUUUUAGAAAAUGUGUUUGAGAAACCAUUCAAGAACCCCAUCAGGACUGUACCCUGAACUAUUUACUGGAAGAAUUUAGUUUUCAGGUAAAAGACCCCAGAAGGUGGUUUGUUAAAAACAUUGCUUAAAAAUGUUUAUCCAGGUCAGUCUUUAAAUAAUUUAAAGAAAAUGACCAAGUUUUUUUCUUUUCUAAGCUACAUUCCAAAACCUAAACAGAUAUGUUUUAUUAGGCACAAUUAUUCAUUCAUGUUUGUAAAGAGAAAUCUUGUUUUCCCUAUAAGGAGGGAGUCAGUAUAUACUAAGGAAAAAAGUGUUUAAUCCUUAUUUUAUUAACACAAAAGUAAGACUCAUCGUUCUUGUCAAACUUUGCUUUUAUAUACUCAUUACAAAAUUCCAUUUCACUUUGCCAAAACGUAAUAAAAGUAGAUUUAUCAGAAGAGCUGUUUUAAAUGAGAAGGAAAAAAGGUCACCCUGGUUGUUAAUCUGCUUGGCAAAUAUUUCUUCGUAAUUUAAAAAAAAAAAAAGAAGUCUGUUAAUAUGACUAUUGGAAUGAAGCAUGUUUUCUUUCAGAAUUCAUAGUCUGAAGAAUGAGAUAAUUGUGAGUGUAGCAUAGGUAAAAUUUGCUUAAUAAACAUCAUGGCCUCAGAAAUGGAGGUUCUUCUACCAACUGGUCACCUCAUGAGAUGUUUGACUACAAGACUGUUACUGUGAGGAAAUUUAGCCACCCACAAGUGCAUUUGCAUCGAGGUAUUUUGAACUGGAUCUGUGCCUUAUUUUAACAUGCAAAAUCAGCUUUUAUAUUCUGUUGAAAAACAAAAGCAAAAACAAAAGCUCUACAUGUUCUUCUUGGAAAAAAUCCAGAAGGCUACUAUCCAAGAGACUACUACUCCAAAAGUAUUAGUAUUUCAAAUCAUUAAUAUUUGGAGUGUUCAAUCUGCUCUUAAGCUAGACUUCCCAGUAUUAUGGUGGAUAUAGGGAGAAUGAAGUGAAAUUAAGGUGAAUUCUGAAACAAAGUAUUAUUUUAUUUUCUCCUAUGUUCAUAUUUUCUAUUAUAACAAAA